GCCCACAGGGAUGCGAGGCGGCCUCCCAGUGCCCAGCCAAGCAUAACCAGUAUGCCAGGCCCACAUGAUUCCCCUGGGUUUCUGUCCCCUUCCCCUGCAUAAGCAUCUGAGGCCUUAGAGGGCAGGCACCUCUAAAAUUACCAUUGCCUCUGGCCUGCCUUGACACCCCCUUGCACUCUGCAUGGUCAAUGCGCCAGCGUGCCUUAAGGCAGAGGACAAAGGGCAGCAUAGGCUCCUUUAUAAAGGACUAGCCCAGGCCAGCUGAAGGUCCAGGGUGUGCUGAUACUGUUGUUCCUGGUCCUAGGCAGCUUGGAGCGAAGACUGAGAGGUGUUUCCUGAGAAACCCAGAGAGUGGCAGAGCAGCCAUGAGGCUGCUGACUGGGGCUGAGCUGUGGUCCGUGGCCAUAUUUGUGGUCAUCUUCCUGCUUCUGGUGGACCUGAUGCACCGGCGCCAGCACAGGACUGCCCGCUACCCACCAGGCCCCAUGCCAUGGCCUGUGCUUGGGAACCUGCUGCAGAUAGACUUCCAGAAUAUGCCAGCAGGCUUCCAAAAGCUGCGAUGUCGUUUUGGGGACCUGUUCAGCCUACAGCUGGCGUUUGAGCCAGUGGUUGUACUCAACGGCGUGACGGCCUUGCGCGAGGCACUGGUGAAAUACAGCGAGGACACCUCUGACCGCCCACCACUGCAUUUCAAUGACCAAUUGGGCUUUGGACCACGCUCUCAAGGUGUGGUCCUGGCAGAGUAUGGAGCUGCCUGGCGGCAGCAGCGACACUUCUCUGUGUCCACCUUUCGUCACUUUGGCCUGGGCAAGAAGUCAUUGGAGCAGUGGGUGACUGAGGAGGCCAGGUGCCUCUGUGACGCCUUCGCUGCCUACACAGGGUGCCCUUUCAGCCCUACCUCUCUGUUGGAAAACGCAGUGUGUAAUGUGAUCGCAUCCCUCCUCUACGCCCGCCGCUUUGAGUACGAUGACCCUCGCUUCAUCAAGCUACAGGGCUCGUUGAAGGACACCCUUAAGGAGGAAGCUGGAUUCCUGCCCAUGUUCCUGGGCGUGUUCCCAGUGCUCCUGCGCAUCCCAGGGCUAAUUGGCAACAUCUUCCCUGGACAAAAGGCCUUUGCCACCAUGCUGGAUGAGCUUCUAACCGAGCAAAAGAUGACGUGGGACCCUGCCCAACCACCCCGAGACCUGAUUGAUGCCUUCCUGAAUGAGGUGGAGAAGGCCAAGGGGAACCCUGAGAGCAGCUUCAAUGACGAGAACCUGCGCAUGGUGGUGGCUGACCUGUUCACUGCAGGGAUGGUGACCACGUCAACCACGCUGUCCUGGGCCCUGCUGCUCAUGAUCCUGCACCCGGAUGUGCAGCGCCGGGUCCAGCAGGAGAUUGAUGAAGUCAUAGGCCAGGUGCAGCACCCAGAGAUGGCUGACCAGGCCCACAUGCCCUACACCAAUGCUGUCAUCCAUGAGGUGCAGCGCUUUGGUGACGUCCUCCCACUUGGCGUGCCUCACAAGACAUCUUGCGACAUUGAAAUGCAGGGCUUUCUUAUCCCUAAGGGGACGACCCUCAUCACCAACCUGUCCUCAGCACUGAAGGACGAGACCGUCUGGGAGAAACCCCUCCACUUCCAUCCUGAGCACUUCCUGGACGCCCAGGGACACUUUGUGAAGCAUGAGGCCUUCAUGCCAUUCUCCGCAGGCCGCCGCGCAUGCCUGGGGGAGCCCCUGGCCCGCAUGGAGCUCUUCCUCUUCUUCACCUGCCUCCUGCAGCGUUUUAAGUUCUCCGUGCCUGAUGGACAGCCCAGGCCCAGCGACCAUGGUGUCUUUGGUGCUCUGACAACCCCACUCCCCUACCAGCUCUGUGCUCUGCCCCGCUGAGAGGAGGGACAACAUCUCACUCACUGCCCUCCUAGGGUCCUAAUGUGCAAUAAGUCAUUGUGCUCUAAACUAAAUCACCCCU